GCGAACGUGAUCCUUAUAUCCAAGUUCCUUCCAUGGCGGAUUCACGUCUCGACGCGUUCAGUUAGGGACAUGCUUGUUGCGUUGUAUACGGCAUUGCGCACGAAGGUCACUAAGGCGGAGAUGGAGGCAGUGGGAGAUAGAAACGUGAUGAAUGCCUUUGCAAAAUGGGCACAAGGAACGGAAGAAGAGGGAAGGAGGAAGGGAAUAAGGAGAGUUGACUUCUUGCUCGAGAAUACGAGAUUCAUUGAGAUAGAGCCUACGGAU